AUGUCCAGCUCUUCCAUCAACGUCCCCAAAAUCCCCUCGGCAGCCGAAACAAAGCAACAAGCCGCCGAGGUUCAAUCCCAACUCUCCAACUCCCUCUCCACCCUCGUCCACAACUACGCGUCCACAACACCGGCGCGCGUCAAGCUCAUUGAUAGCUUCUUGCUGUUCUGCGUACUGAGUGGGGUGCUGCAGUUUGCGUAUCGGAUCUUGGUGACGAGCUUCCCGUACUAUGCGUUUGUUGGAGGAUUCGGCUCGACAGUCGGUCAAUUCGUACUACUCGCUGGACUUCGGGCGCAGGUGGCACCAGGAAGAGAUUCCGAGUUCAAGGCGAUUUCGCAAGAAAGAGCAUUCUUGGACUUUGCAGCGAGUAGUGUGAUCCUGCAUCUGUUCUGCUUCAAUUUCCUGGGCUAG